GGCAGCCGAGGCAGCAGCAGCAGCAGCGGCGGCGGCUCCGCACGGGCAGCGGGGAUCCCGACCCAGGAGCGCGCAGCCAUGGCCGGGGCGCGCCCGGGGGUCCACGCGCUCCAGCUGGAACCCCUGCGGGUGCCGGAGACCCUGAUCAAGGGAAGCAAGUUCAUGAAAUGGGACGAGGAACCAACGAGCCGGACUCUGGUGACCCUACGAGUUGAUCCGCAAGGCUUUUUCCUCUACUGGACCGGUCCCAGUAAGGAAGUUGACAUUUUGGACAUCAGCUUUAUCCGAGACACUCGGACCGGACGCUUCGCCAAGCUCCCCAAGGACCCCAAGAUCAGGGAGAUCCUUGGUUUCGGGGGGCCGGAACAACGGCCUGAGGAUAAGCUGUUGACGGUGGUGCACGGCCCGGACCUGGUCAACGUCAGCUUCCACAAUUUCAUGACGGUCGUCCAGGAUGACACAGCAAAGUUGUGGACUGAGGAACUGUUCAAACUGGCUACAAACAUCUUGGCUCAGAACACCUCCCGGAACACCUUUCUGCAAAAAGCCUACACCCGGCUCAAAAUCCAGGUUAAUCAAGAAGGGAGGAUACCUGUCAAGAACAUCCUCAAAAUGUUCUCGGCUGACAAAAAGCGGGUGGAGACAGCCCUGGAGUCCUGCGGCUUGAAUUUUAACAGGAGCGAGUCGAUCAAACCUGACGAAUUCACCCUGGAAAUCUUCGAACGUUUCCUGAACAAACUUUGCCUUCGCCCGGACAUUGACAAAAUCUUGCUAGAAAUCGGGGCCAAGGGCAAGCCUUACCUCAGUCUGGACCAGCUGAUGGAAUUUAUCAACCAGAAGCAAAGGGAUCCCCGUCUCAACGAGAUCCUGUACCCCCCUCUGACGCGGGCUCAAGUGCGCCAGCUCAUAGACAAGUAUGAACCCAACCAACAGUUCCAACAGCGGGACCAAAUGUCGAUGGAGGGUUUCGGGCGCUACCUGGGGGGAGAAGAAAACACCAUUGUGCCCCCCGAGAAGCUGGAUUUAAGCGACGACAUGACCCAGCCCCUCAGCAGCUACUUCAUUAACUCCUCGCAUAAUACCUACCUCACAGCUGGGCAGCUGACAGGUAAUUCUUCGGUCGAAAUGUACCGCCAGGUGUUGCUAAGCGGCUGCCGCUGUAUUGAGCUUGACUGCUGGAAGGGGCGCCCCCAAGACGAGGAACCCUUCAUCACGCAUGGGUUCACCAUGACGACGGAAAUCCCCUUCAAGGAAGUCAUCGAAGCCAUUGCCGAAAGCGCCUUCAAGACCUCGCCCUUCCCCGUUAUCCUCUCGUUCGAGAACCACGUCGACUCGGCGAAACAGCAGGCCAAGAUGGCGGAGUAUUGCCGGAGCAUUUUUGGGGACGCUCUCCUCAUUGAUCCCUUCGAAAAAUAUCCGCUACAGCCUGGCGUAUCCUUGCCAAGUCCCCAGGAGCUGUUGGGCCGGAUCCUUGUGAAAAACAAGAAGAGGCGCACGCACGCCAAGGGAUCCGAGGGCAGCAUACGGAAGCGGCUGCUGGAACAGACCCCCAGCUCCUACAGCGACUCCUCGGGAGUCGGGGAGCCAGGAUCUCCUGCUCUAGGUUCUCCUUUGGCAGAACAGGCUGAGAUCCUUUCUCCAGUCGUGACCAACGGCGAGAUCAAAUCCGACAGAAUUGCAAAGCUCGUUGAACCCCGCAAAUCUAUCGACCGUGAAGCUGAGAGCGAAGAGGAGGAGGAACAACAGGACCCCAAAAAGCCCACGACAGAUGAGGGAACCGCAAGCAGCGAGGUCAACGCCACGGAAGAGAUGUCCACGUUGGUGAACUACAUCGAACCUGUCAAGUUCAAAUCCUUCGAGGUGGCCAGCAAACGCAACAAAUCCUACGAAAUGUCUUCGUUCGUGGAGACAAAAGGCUUGGAGCAGCUGACCAACAGCCCCACGGAGUUCGUAGGAUACAACAAGAAUCAGCUGAGCCGGAUAUACCCCAAAGGGACCCGAGUGGAUUCCUCCAACUACAUGCCUCAGGUCUUUUGGAAUGCUGGCUGCCAGAUGGUGGCCCUCAACUUCCAGUCUCUUGAUCUGCCGAUGCAGCUGAACCUGGGCAUCUUUGAGUACAACCGCCGGAGCGGCUACCUUCUCAAGCCGGAGUUCAUGCGGCGCCUGGACAAGCUCUUCGACCCCUUCACCGAAGACAUUAUCGACGGCAUCGUGGCCAACACCGUCAAAGUGAAGAUAAUUUCGGGGCAAUUCCUGUCGGACAAGCGGGUCGGCAUCUACGUCGAAGUGGACAUGUUCGGGCUGCCCGUUGACACCAAGCGCAAAUUCCGGACGCGGACCUCGCAGGGCAAUUCUUUCAACCCGGUGUGGGACGAAGACCCUUUUGUGUUCCACAAGGUGGUGCUACCCACGCUUGCUUCGCUGCGUAUAGCCGUCUUUGAAGAGGGAGGGAAAUUUGUCGGGCACCGAAUACUCCCCGUCUCUGCCAUCUGCUCAGGGUACCACUACAUCUGUCUCCGUAGCGAGAGCAACCAGCCCCUCUGUCUACCGGCACUGCUGGUCUACACAGAAGCCUACGACUAUAUCCCGGACGAUCACCAAAAUUACGCAGAGGCCUUGAUUAACCCCAUCAAACACGUCAGCUUAAUGGACCAGCGAGCCAAGCAGCUGGCAGCUCUGAUAGGCGAGAGUGAGGAGAAUGCGGAGAAGCCGCAGGAGACGCUGUCAAGAAGCUCGUCCAAUGCGGCCGCCGGCCCUGCCGAAGAGACGCACAAGCCCUCGCCCGCCUUGCUCUCCCCGACCCGAAGCCCCAGCAUUGUCCCCAGCCAAGUGCAGAGGGAUGAUCUGAUCGCCAGCAUCCUGGCAGAGGUGUCCCCCCAAUCUGUGGAGGAGCUGCGGCAGCAGAAGGCCUUCGUGAAGCUUCUGAAGAAACAAUACCGUGAGCUGAAAGAGCUCCGGCGGAAACACAUGAAGAAGAUCUGCAGCCUCAACAAGAAGCAGAACGCCCAGCUAACUCUGGUGGAGAGGACCCGGCUGCGAAGCCGAGAAGGGUCUCAAAGUUCUUUGGAGACCUCGCGGCAAGAGCCCGAGGGGACACGCCGGAAGGUGGAGCUGCAGGACUGGCAAAUCCAGGGCUUGCUGCAGCUGCGUGAGUCUCAGCAUCAGCUGGAGCGGGACUGCAAGCGAGAACACCUGUGCCAGGCCCAGCAGCGCUUGAGAGAGGUCGCCCGCGACUGCCAGGCUGCCCAGCUGAAAAAGCUGAAGGAGACGAGCGAGAAGGAGAAGAAAGAACUUCAGAAAAUCUUGGACCGGAAACGGCACAACAGCAUCUCCGAAGCGAAAUCCCGGGAGAAGAGCAAAAAGGACGUGGAGCUGACGGAGAUUAACAGGCGGCACAUCACCGAAUCAGUGAACUCCAUUCGCAGGCUUGAGGAGGCCCAGAAACGGCGUCAGGAGAAGCUGCUGGCGGGACACCAGGGAAUCUUGCAGCUGAUUGAGGACGAAGAGCCAUGGUUGGCUGCCCAGCUAGAACACGAGUGUGAACUGGAGGGCCACGCGUUGCCUCAGGAAAUUGGCCGCUACCUGCAGGAAGAACUAGACGGAGGGGUCAGUAACGGACACCCGCCCGUAUCCAGUGUCGCUCCCACACCUGCUGAAGAGGACCUGACAGUCCUGUGAGACUUGGAGGGGAAGUUGCGCUGGUGGUAGAAGCGCCGGUGGAUGUGGGCAAGGAAGAGAGCGACGGGGAACACCUUCAAAGUACCUCCCCGCUCUCUGCCAACCUGGCUCUCACUAAAUGUGUGUGUGUGUGUGUAGCGGGCAGAGCCAAUGUGGGGCGGGGGGGGGGAAACACCCUAAAGGCACUUCACUUUUUCUUUUUUUCUUUCUUUUUUUAAAAAAAGGACAAAUGUUUUAUUUUUUUAAACUAUUUUUUUUAAUUAACUAACUGUAAUUUGUCUUCUCCCACUUUUGAAACGAGGCUGGAGAAUGACUCGCGGAUCCCCCUCCACGGAGGCACGCACCCGCCACGGAGAUGGGAACCGGAGUCCGGCGGCUUUGGGGUGACCUUUUAAUGCACUAUUCCGGGAAGGUGGGAACUGUCAAUGCCACCCCACCCCACCCCACCCCUUCUGCCACAGAGAGGGUGGAAAGAAAAAGGGCUCUCUUUUUUUAAAAAAAUAUACCAUCCUGCUUUUUUAAAAAGAAAAUGGUUGAAACGUAUCGUACCAGACCUGUGUAGGAAUGCGUUCGCCGUCCCCUGGUGUUGAAUGGUGUCUUGUCGGUUUCUGUCUUCCGACGUCCCCUCACUACACAUUGGGGGAGUCGUGGAGCAGCUGUGUGGGGCUGAGAGCAACUUGGGAAGGCUGUGUAAAGAAAAAGACUUUUUUUUUUGGUUAAAAAAAAAAAAAGAAUAUGUGGGAGGCAGGUCCCUCGCUGCUUUUGAGGAUGGGCGUGAAGGCAAAAGAGGUGAAUGCUGUUCUGCCCGUGUGGUUUGGUGUCAGAGUUAUAACCUGGCCUCUCUCUUUCUCUGGAUGUAAUUUUUCCCGUUUUUUUUUUUAACCUAAGUAAUAAACGUGUAAGUUGC